AUGUCAUCAAAACUUCGGAGAAAAACCCGUGCAAGUAAUGCAAAAGAAUGUGUCGAAAUAAUUGAAAAUGCAUGGUGUCGUCAUCGAGAUCGGCAAAUGUUUCGAUUAUUGAAACAUGCUGUUUGUGCAGCAGAACAUGCUUUAUCGAACGAUAUACUUCGACGGCUAUGUCCAAAAGAAGCUGAACUCUUAAAAGAUCCAAGUUUAACUGUUAAAGUUAAAUUUCGUUUUGGAGGUACAGAAUUUCCACCGGUGAUUUAUUUUAAAGUUUUUGUUAGAAAUUAUAAUGGCUCAUUACCAAAAUAUGUAAACGGAAAAAAGAUUAUACCAUCAGGAUCAAAGGCUGCUUAUUCAGCUUGUUCAAUGAUGGGUCAACGUGUAUUUUAUCAACAAAUGUUAGUUGACUCUUUGCAUGGAGCUGAUGGAAAAGUAGCAGAUGAACUUGAGAUUGUCACAAUGAAAGAUUAUAUGCAAUACAAUAGUAUGCUGGAUGAAUUACCUGCUUAUCUUGGUGGAAGAGCAAAUAGUUGGAGAAGAUUAAAUCUUGAAGAUAUUCCUCGACAGUCUAUAUUUUAUGAUGUUGUUAGUUAUGUAUCAUCUGGUAAAGUAUCAAGUGAUUUACGUCAAAAAUUACCCACAUUAAUGAAACAUCCUACUUCAGAAUCUGUUCAGAUACAACAUGUCGAAUUAUUAAAACAAAUCAAAUCACUUGAAUCAAAUCGAUCGAGUCCAUCAUUAUCAUUUAUAAAAAAUGCUGCAUCUCAAAAACCAAAACCUCUUCAAACAAGUCGUCGUUCUCGUCAAGCACUUAAAAAUGUAUCACGUAUGAGACAAGCCUAUAUUUCUACACGUUCUGAGAGUCUACCAACAACAUUAAUAUUGGCAUAUGAAAAACAAGUUGAAGCAAUGACUGGUGCAGUUGUUCAUCCAACUCGUCAAGAUGGUCGUCUAACACCAACACUAACAACAUUAGACGAUGAUGGUAAUAAAUUUGAUCAACAAGAUGAAGAUGAUGAUGAAUUAGAAAAUGAUUUUAAUGAUCAAGCUGAUGCAUUAUACGCAUGGACAGAAGGUCUAUCAUGGAAUGAUGAUUAUUUUAAAACACCUCGAAUACCAACAGCUUAA